AUGGGAUCGGGGAGUACAUUAAAGUUUGCCCUUUGUGAAGUGCUGCAGUUUGCGGGUCUGUGCGUGCCACUAUUUAUUGUAAUGCAGAGAUUUGCAGUCAUUGUGGCCAUGGUCAAAGCAUCUGCACAGCCACCGGGUGACAGCAGUACUGCCUACUGGCUGAUCGUGGCCUCCUCCAUUGCCUAUGUUACCUCCACUGCCCUGCUGGUUUGGGUACCUUUGAAAUACAUGGUGUUUAUGAAAAAGAAGUUUAUUGUCGGGAGGAAGAAGUGGAGGCCCGUGGCCCUGGUAUAUGUAAUCCUGUCAACGUUACCCUGCUUUGCAUUUCUUAUUGCCAGCUCUGAGGUACAGAUAAACAACAACUUGAAACAUGAUACCUUUACAGAGAUCCCUGUGUCUUUGGUCUUCUUCUCCUUAAUCUGCAUUGAUGUUGUGGAGAGGAUCCGGCACUGCAGAUUGACAGGACAGGCCAAUGAAAUGAGAAGACAUUCUGAACUUCCCUCCACUGUCCUAACUCAUGUGGAACCAAUAACACCAGUAUCCCCAAUCCCCCCAGCUGUGUCCAGACCAUCAGUGCCAGGACCAGUGCUGACUGGGCCAGCUGUGCCCGGCCCCGCCUUGUCACGGCCAAAUAUGCACGGGCAAGGUAUGUCCAAUCCUCCUCAGCACGGAGCUGGUCAGCUGAGCGACAGGAACCAGAAUGGAUCUGGAAUACGCCCAGAGACCAACGGUUCAGUUCCUGGAAUACCUGGGAACUCUAACAGACCAUUCAACAUCUCUGAACUGAGUUCACCAUCAAUGAGUGGUCCAGCAUAUCAUGUGUCUCCAUUCACUUACACGGGCCCUCUGAGGUUCCUGUGUGUAAGUGAUGCCCGAGCAGACGUGUUUGUGGACAGCUUUAUGUUCUGGAUGGAUACAGUGGAGAUGGUGAGGGUAGCUGGGCAUCCAUUGGUCUACUACUCAGGCUGGGUCUUUCCUAUCUACAUCUUCAGCUACCUCUCCUGCCUGCGUGUGGUGGUCAUGCCCAAUACCCCUCUACUUUCGUCUCUGGGAGUUGCUCUGCAGGACUUACCAUUUUUCUUCAUGCGUGUAGGCCUAAUAGCCUUCUUUGGCUUUGUCACACCCGUCCUCUAUCUGAUGAAGAACCUGUUGGUGUGUUUGGCAUUUUUCUACUUUAACUUCAUGACUAAACUGAGGGUGUUUAAUACAGAGAGGUUGUUCUUUUGA